UGCACACGCCCCUUGGCUGAGGAAAUGUGAGAGGGGUCGGUGUGUGUGGAAGCUGAUAGGCAGGGGACAGUGCUGGAUAUGACAGCAGCAGAGCAGGGGAGCGCUUAGCAGCUCACUUACUGUCCCAUUCACAGCCCGGCAAGGAUCCAAGCAUGGAAUGGUGCCGUGGGGCAGUCACUGGCAGUCUACUCCUGGCUCUGGCUUGCUCCAUUCUGAGCUCUCGUACUGCUCGUUCAGAAGAGGACCGGGACACUUUGUGGGAUGCUUGGGGUUCCUGGAGUGAAUGUUCUCGGACCUGUGGGGGUGGAGCUUCAUAUUCCUUAAGAAGGUGUCUUAGCAGCAAAAGCUGUGAAGGUCGCAAUAUUAGGUACAGAACCUGCAGUAAUGUGGAUUGUCCAGCAGAAUCAGGAGAUUUUCGUGCUCAACAGUGCUCUGCUCAUAAUGAUGUCAAGUAUCAGGGGCAGUAUCGUGAGUGGCUUCCAGUUCACAAUGACCCAGAGAACCCAUGCUCCUUAAAGUGUCAAGCAAAGGGUACAGCUCUUGUUGUGGAACUGGCACCCAAAGUUCUCGAUGGUACCCGAUGUUACACCGAAUCACUGGAUAUGUGCAUCAGUGGUGUGUGCCAGAUUGUUGGCUGUGAUCACCAGUUAGGAAGCACGGCAAAGGAAGAUAACUGUGGUGUCUGCAAUGGAGAAGGGUCUACCUGCCGUUUGGUGCGAGGAACUUACAAAUCUCAGCUUUCUUCAAAUAAACCGGAUGAUACUGUGGUCGUUAUCCCCUAUGGAAGCAGACAUGUCCGUUUGGUACUGAAAGGGCCGGAUCACUUGUAUUUAGAAACCAAAACAUUGCAAGGUGUAAAAGGAGAGAAUAGCCUCAGUAACACUGGCUCCUUCCUUGUGGAUAACACUAGUAUAGACUUUCAGAGGUUUCCUGAUAAAGAAAUCCUAAGAAUGGCCGGCCCUCUUUCUGCAGACUUCUCUGUAAAGGUCCAUUACGCUGGAGCAGCCGACAGUGUGGUACAGUUCAUUUUCUACCAACCCAUUAUACAUCGAUGGAGAGAGACAGACUUUUUCCCCUGCUCAGCUUCAUGUGGAGGAGGUUACCAGCUGACUUCUGCUGAAUGUUACGAUCUAAGGAGUGGGCGUGUAGUAGCAGAUCAGUACUGCAACUACUAUCCUGAAAACAUCAAGCCAAAACCAAAGCUCCAAGAGUGCAAUAUGGACCCCUGUUUGGCAAGUGAUGGAUACAAGCAGAUUAUGCCUUAUGACCUUUAUCAUCCACUUCCAAGGUGGGAAAGUACUCCUUGGACAGCCUGCUCUUCUUCCUGCGGUGGGGGGAUACAGAGUCGCACAGUUUCCUGUGUUGAGGAAGAUAUCCACGGACAGAUAAGCUCUGUGGAAGAGUGGAAGUGCAUGUAUACUCCAAAGAUGCCUAUUGUACAGCCUUGCAAUAUUUUUGAUUGCCCUAAAUGGCUGGCUCAGGAAUGGUCACCGUGUACUGUUACGUGUGGGCAUGGACUGAGGUAUCGUGUGGUUCUCUGUAUUGAUCACAGAGGCAUACAUACAGGAGGGUGCAGUUCCAAAACAAAGCCUCACAUCAAAGAAGAAUGUACUGUACACAUACCUUGCUACAAGGCUAAAGAGAAAGUACCUGUAGAAGCCAAGUUGCCAUGGUAUAAGCAAGCCCAAGAGCUGGAGGAAGUGACUGCAGUAUCAGAAGAACCUUCGUUUAUUCCGGAGCCUUGGUCUCCAUGCAGUGUUUCUUGUGGAGUAGGCAUCCAGCAUCGGACGGUGAAGUGCCAGGUUUUGUUGACAUUUGCACAGACAAUUGCUGAUCUUCCACUUGAAGAGUGUGAAGGAGCCAAACCUAUAACACAACAAACAUGCUACAGUGGGCCUUGCAAUGGUGAAGCUAUGGAUUAUAAUCCCGAUGAGGAUGAGAUGAAUUAUGGAGGACUGAAGGAUAUUGAAGAACUUUAUGACUGGGAGUAUGAAGGAUUCACAGAGUGCUCAGAAUCCUGUGGUGGAGGCCUGCAAGAAGCCAUAGUGGUUUGCCUAAACAAACAGUCAAGGGUGACAGUAGGCGAGAGUCUGUGUGUGGCCUCCAGGCGCCCGCCACCUCUUUUGAAAUCCUGUAAUAUGGAGGCUUGUCCCCCAAGGUGGGAGAUUGGAAACUGGAGUGCUUGCAGUCUGACCUGUGGGGUGGGCCUGCAAACCAGAGAUGUAUUUUGCUCUCAUCUCCUUUCAAGAGAGACAAAUGAAACAGUAGUCUUGGGAGAUGAUUUUUGCAGGCAAACAAAGCCGACCUUAGUUCAGGCCUGUAAUCGUUUUGAUUGUCCGCCGGCAUGGUAUUCUUCAGAAUGGAAGCAGUGUUCCCAAACGUGUGGCGGAGGCAUUCACACACGGGAGGUUCUAUGCAAGCAGCGACUUUCUGAUGGCAGUAUUUUAGAAUUACCAGAAACCUUUUGCUCCUCUUUAAAACCACCAUCUCAGGAGCUUUGCAAGAAUGAAGAUUGCCCAGCAGAGUGGCAUAUAACUGACUGGUCUCAGUGCUCGGUGACCUGUGGAGAGGGAACACAAAUUCAAAAUGCCAUAUGUAGGAAGAAGCUGAAAACUGGGGAAUACAUUGUAGGGAAUACUACUAUGUGCCCAUCUAUCAAUCUCUUGGUCAGACCUUGCUCAUUAGCAACUUGCACAAGACCCAAGCAUGGUCAGAAACACAGCCCCCAGAUAACAGGGUUAAAGAAGCUGUACAUCCAGACCAAAAGACAGAAGAAGUUGCAGUUUGUUGUGGGUGGAUAUGCUUAUCUACUUCCCAAGACUUCUCUUGUGCUACGGUGUCCUGUGAGGAGGUUUCGCAAGCCACAAAUCAUUUGGGAAAAGGAUGGAAAGCACUUAAUCAGCUCUGAGCAUGUUACCGUUGCACCUCAUGGCUACAUCAAAAUACAUCAUCUUAGGCCCAGUGACACUGGCGUUUAUACAUGCAUGGCAGGACCUAGCCAAGAACAUUUUAUCAUUAAACUCAUUGGAGAUAGCAACAAGAUUAUUUCCCAUUCCAGGACUAGAGAAGAAGAAGUUACGAAAAAAGGGAGGAAAAAUGAAGCUUACCAUCGGCCUGAGAAGCAACAAAAUGGAAAUCUCUUUAACAGAAGUAAGACUGAAAAACAAGUUCAUAUAACAGAUCCUAGCAGUGUUUAUGAUAGUAUUGUUUCUCAUCUCUUGGCAUUAAAAGUGUUAUCUGACAGAAACACAGAUCAACCAGAACAUCAAGAAUCUUUUGAGAGAAAUAUAUCAUCCGAGGAGGACCAUGUUAUUGAGCAUUCUUUGCCCUAUACUUUUGUCACUGAACUUAAGCGCUUAGAUGACAUAAUUCGAUCAUCUCAACAACCUAUUGAACUCCAGGAUAAUUUCAGUAGGCAGAUUCUGUUACAGUUAACUCAGGACAUGAGAAGCCAUUCAGAAAACCAUGAAUCCCCUGUGUUUAAAACUGAACUAAAACAGAUUGGUCCGGGAACCUCAGAACAUUCAUUUUAUAAACCUGUUUCUGGAUUAUCUAGUUCAUGGAGGUCUUCAUCAGUGGAAGCAGAACUCUCUGAAUCUCAUGAGUCUCGGCAGAUGCUCAGGAAGCCAGUGAUCUUAAGAAAAAUAUCAGCAGCUCAACAGUUUUCUGCUUCUGAGGUUGUCACCCAUAUUGGACAGACGGUUGCAUUGGCUAGUGGAACACUCAGCGUCCUGCUUCAUUGUGAAGCAGGUGGGAACCCUAAGCCAGUUAUUAGCUGGGCAAAGAAUGGAGAGGAAGUAAAAUACAGUAAUCGGAUCCUUUUAAAAUCCGACGACUCUCUGCAAAUUUUGGAACCAGUUGAAGCAGAUGUUGGAUUCUAUACCUGCAAUGCAACCAACUCACUGGGUUAUGCAUCGGUGUCUAUUGCGAUCACUCUAGCAGGGAAACCAUUAAUAAAAACUUCUAAAUCUGUAGUCAUCAACACAGAAUCUCCUUCCAUCUCUGUUGAUGUGGGCAGUGUGGUGAAGACUAUUCAGGGAACAAAUGUUAGCAUCCACUGUCAAGUUGCAGGUCUUCCUGAAGCUGAGGUUUCUUGGUACAGAAAUAAAAGCAGACUCCACUCUGUUUCCCAUCAUAGUGAUGCAUCUCUGGCCAUUGGAAAUGUAACAAAGUCUGACCAAGGGCUCUACACUUGUAAGGCAGUCAAUGUCCAUGGGGAGGUAGCAGAAUCUACUCAGCUACAGGUUCUUGACAAUAAAAAUUAUGGAGUGGAACGUUUACAAACACUUUUUGCUGAGUUUGGGCCAGGCACCCUAUCUGUCAUGGCAUCCCCUACAGGAAACAAUCUCAUGGUAAAUCUUGGAGGACUCGCUUUUAUAGGAUGUCCACUGAAAGGCCACAUAAUCCCCAACAUCACCUGGAUCCACGAGAAUCAACCUCUAGGCACUAGUGCAUGGCUGAGGCAUGAAGUUUUAGAAAGUGGUCAGGUUCUUCGACUGAUAAACAUAAGCAAGGAACACCAAGGCGAAUACAGAUGUAUCAUUAAGAAUCCAUCGGAAUCAGUAAUUCAGAGAGCUUUUCUCUCCAUUCAAGCAUCACAUGAGUACCAGUGGUCUACUGUUGGUUUUUCACCAUGUUCUGCAUCAUGUGGUAACCGUGGAAUCCAACAUCCGCAGCUGAAGUGUGUAUUGAACAAGGAAGAAGUCAACACGUCUUAUUGCUAUGAAAAGCCAAGACCAACCAUAAAGCCCACUGCCUGCAACAGAAGAGACUGCCCAGCAAGGUGGAUGGUCACAACCUGGUCAUCUUGCUCACAGAGCUGUGGUGGAGGUUUUCAGACCCGUCGUGUCACUUGCCAGAAACUGACAAGUAUGGGACUCCCUCUCGCUGUAUCAAAUGAUGCCUGCACUGUCUCUUCUAAGCGACCUGUUGACAGUCAAAGCUGUAGUAGGCAGCUGUGCGUUGAAUGGACAACAUCCGCAUGGGGACAGUGUCAUGGCCCCUGCAUUGGACCCAGAAUGGCUCUACAACACAGACAGGUGUUCUGUAGAACAAGGGAAGGGACGGUUGUAUCUCCUGAGCAGUGCCAAGCUUUGCCACGGCCACUAAAUACCCAGAACUGCUGGGCAGAUAUGUGCAGUGUACAGUGGCGGGUGUCAGCCUGGACCCUUUGCACAGCCACAUGUGGUAACUAUGGUUUCCAGUCCAGGCGCGUGGAAUGCAUGCACCACCGGACCAACAAGUCUGUGCCGGAUCACCUGUGCUCCUGGAGGUCUCGUCCAAUUAACUGGCAGCGUUGCAACAUCACUCCUUGUGAAAAUGUGGACUGCAGAGACACCACCAGGUACUGUGAGAAGGUGAAGCAGCUGAAACUCUGCCAACUUGCCCAGUUCAGAUCACGCUGUUGCGGGACUUGUGGGAAAGCAUAACAUUUUUUGCGGAAUUCUUCUUAUACUCUACUCAAGGGGAAUAGAAAAAGAACAAUGAUAACAGGUCGGCAACGCUACAAUGCUCCUGUGAUUCUAUUUAUUUUCUGGUCAGCAUUUUAAAUGGCUUGACAUGAUUCUCUUCCAUUUCUGCUGGAAGACUGAACUCUGUAAAUACCUGACAACAUCAUUCACGUGCUUGCCACGAGUUGGAAAUGGAACAAACACUCAAUGACAAUGCUUAAUAACUAAGCAAGAAGACAACCAGUUGGCUCAUGAACAGUAUGAAACCCACGGAGCUUCAUGUUCAAAUAAAGGGAGUUUGUUGGAAUCUGAAUGUAGCAAUGUGUAAAAAAAAACCCACAAUGGACAACUUUGGACUCCAAUCAAGAUUUUGGAUGUACAUGUCAUUUUAUUGGUUUCAUUGCUUUUGUUUUGUUUUUUUCUUUACAUUUUUCUUGUGCCGUCUCCAAUUUCCAUUUGUGCAAUGGAAUUCUUUGUGCAGAUUGGUACAGAAGUAACAAGUGUUAAUCGCUGUUAACUUCUGAUCCAAAGAAAGCAAAUCACAGGGUGGAUUCAUACGCAAUAAACUGCAAGACAGACUGUGAAAUCAUGAUAUACAGUUAUUGCGCUGUAUGACACAUACCAAAAAGACACGGAAAGGCUUUUAUAUGCACAAUGUCCAACACGGCACCUUAAUGACGACUCAGCCCUAGACUGUAUGCACAAGUGUUUCCCUAGGAGAAUCGCACACGUAACAAACUGCCAACAUACUCUGCAUAAUGACGAUUGGUCCAUUACCCAGUAUUUACCACUGGCUGCAACCAUUUUCUUCCCUACAAGCACUUUAUGCUUAAGAUUUACUUGCAAGCAAGGCAAAACAAUAAGAAAAGUGAGAAAGGAAAUCCAGUUUACCAAGAAAUAGAAAGUGUAACACAGCGGGCACCCAUUUAAUUAUUUAAGUUUGUUUCGCACUUUGCUACCUGUACAUCAUGAUUCAGUGGGGAAUAGGGGGUUUUAAUUACUUUAGUACCUAUCAGGGGGUUUUCCCACUCAAUAAGUGUAAAUCUGAAGUUGUCAUUCUUUAUAAAUCAGUCAUGUUACAGUAGCACAGCUUUGGUGUAGCAACAGAACUAGUCACUAAUGAAGGCCAUGCUUCACUGUAAGGCUAUUGCCAGCUAGAAAAAUGGAAGUUUUCCCAAAAUGCCCCAGUUUUUUAGGGUCUAAAAGUGCGUAUCAUGUCUGGUGUUACAGUUGGUACUGGGGAACACAAUAGUUGCAUUCAGCACCCACAUUUUAUAUCCACCUUGACAGCCAUAGUUUUCUGUACAAUAGAAAGCACAGACUUUUGAAGCUUGCUGUCUUUUUUUUUUUGUAAAUAAAAAUAAAUAGGAGUGUGUUAAGCCCUGAUAAUGUACUAUGUACAAAUCAGGAGGAGAUUAGUAAGAGUAAGUCCUGUGAAUACAAAGGGCUUGUAAUUGCGCCUUUAUACUCAGAGCUCUGCUUUUCUUUACUUAAUCAGCAUUUUUAGCUCCCCCAUUUCAUGAGUCUUUAGUUAAAAAGUUAGUUUUUAUACCCACGAUGCAUGGGCUGUAUUCUUUCACUACAAAUUAUUUUGCUCAUUAAAUCUUUUAGUCCCUCUGUGCCACAUGCACGUUGGGGUGCUUUUAAUAAACGGCUUCUUGAGCUAAAUUUGCCACAUUACACAGUUAUACGCACUGGGAGAAUGCGGCACAGAACAUUGACCAACUUAGUAAGCACUUAACUACCAUUGGAUUUGAUUAGUAUAGUCAUUAAAAGAUAGCUUGGAAAUAAACAGGGUGGAAUAGUGUGGACGGGUUUAGGGCAGCACAACCUGUACCAGAAAAGGUCUCCUCCAGAAAGCCAGAGAAGCAUCUGGCACCAUUGCAGAGAAGGGCAUAGAAAUGUCGCACCCGUUGUUUGGUUUAUUACUGUCCUUCAUUUUGGGGACUAAAUAUAUAGUAAAUGGUCUCUAUACCCUUAAACUUUUAUUGCACAUGCAGGGGAAUACCUAUACUGCCAUAGUUUGAUGGUAUCUCUUUGUACAUACUGUAGUAAACCUCCCUGCCCCCACACCAUCUGGACCAGCACUGUUAGAUCACACCCCCUGUUGCUUCUUGUUAGGCAAUCAUAGCAUAAUUGUAGGGUCUAUAGAAGGUUAUAUGAAAGGAUUUGAGACCACAACCAGCCCCAUGUCGUAAGGGAGAUAAUGAUACAGUCCUGGUUUUUAGGCCAGAAUUGUGGUUUGGAAGUGGAGAGGGAGGGCUAUUAAGUUGGGUAUUGUUCUUGUUCGUGUGGAAUAGUGGUCUGUGCUGCUUUUUGCUUAUCCCACUUUGUUCUUAACCACACUGGAGAACACAUCAUGCUUGCAGUGCUACUUACCAUUUACACACUUACUCACAAAGCCCAACAGCCAAUCAGAAUUCCUUUAUGAGCGAUUCUUGCAUUUUUUUCUGCUAACUCUUAUGUUCAGAAGUCUCUACACAGUGCUCACAAUCCAGCCUUCUUUCUGCCAAUGGUUCACUGAGCAAGGGGUGCGUUGUUUCAAUGCACCACAUUAUUUUUAUUAUUAAAAAUGUUAUGUAUGUAUAACUUUUGUGUAUAUUUAUUAGGGUUUCUUGUAUAAAAAGUGCAAUAUUAAUAAUUGUACAUUGUUUUUCCAGAUAAAGCUAUUUUUGGAACUUU